AUGUUUGGUGAAAUGGAACACAAGCAAGAACAAGACAAUGAUAACCAGAAUCAUAUGUCUGGUAUUGAUGUUACAUUAAUAUCUCCUAAAGUUCCAAAAUCUGUUUCACCAGUUUCUUCUGCAGCCGAGGGGGAAACCUUAAAGCGGCCACGCGGACGCCCAGCAGGUUCCAAAAACAAGCCUAAGCCGCCAAUUAUUGUCACUAGAGAUAGUGCUAAUGCACUUAAAGCUCAUGCUAUGGAAGUGAGUUCUGGCUGUGAUGUGAAUGAGAGUUUGUUAAACUUCGCAAGGAGAAAGCAACGUGGUCUUUGCAUACUUAAUGGCACUGGUUGUGUGACAAAUGUAACGCUGCGCCAACCGGCUUCAUCUGGUGCCAUUGUGACUCUUCAUGGUCGAUUCGAGAUUCUCUCGUUGUUGGGGUCGAUUCUCCCCCCACCAGCACCACCAGGAAUCACUGGUUUGACAAUUUAUUUAGCAGGUGCUCAAGGACAAGUUGUUGGAGGUGCUGUGGUUGGUGCUUUGAUUGCUUCAGGACCUGUUGUGAUCAUGGCUGCGUCAUUCAUGCACGCCACUUUCGAUCGUCUGCCGCUGGAAGACGAUGAACUUGCUGCUGCAAUGCAGAAUCAGCAUUACCAAAAUGGACGCACGCAUCAUCUCGAUAUCUCUGACUUAUAUGCAAUGCCGCAGAACCUCCUCAUGAAUGGUGCAAUGCCUCCUGAGAUUUACUCCUGGGCACCAGGGCGAAACUUGUCAAAAACCUGA